UCUGCCAGGUGGCAACGUCUUGCAAAAAGCAGAAAAAAGUGCAGCAGAGUGAAUUUUUAUGCUAAAAUAUUGUUAAAAAUAAGUGAAUUGUGCAGUAAAAACGAAAAGAAAACAUUAAGAAAACAUGGCGGAUGCCGCUGCACGUCAACUGCAGUACGAGUACAAAGCGAACUCGAAUCUUGUGCUGCAAGCUGAUGUUCGUCUAAUCGAACGUCCACGACGCGAUGAAGCCACAGGUGAGGUGUGCUCCUUGGUGGGCAAAUUGGAUGGCACCCGGAUGGGCGAUCGCUAUCAACGCACAAAACCGGAGAAAACGGAGGAGCGCAAAGUGAAGCGGCAGAAACGUGACGAGGCACAGUACGAUUUUGAGCGAAUGAAAGGUGCUACGCUGCUCUCGGAAGGCAUUGACGAAAUGGUUGGCAUUGUUUACCGCCCCAAGACGCAGGAGACGCGUCAGACCUACGAAGUCCUGCUCAGUUUCAUACAGGAAGCUCUGGGCGACCAGCCGCGUGAUAUCCUUUGCGGUGCAGCUGAUGAAAUUCUCGCUGUCCUCAAAAAUGAUCGACUCAAGGAUCGUGAGCGUAAACGUGAUGUAGACAGUUUGUUGGGUGAAGUAACCGACGAGCGAUUUGCAUUGUUGGUCAAUCUGGGCAAGAAGAUCACUGACUUUGGCAGUGAUGCUGUAAAUGCACUCACAGCAGCAACAAACAAUGAAGAACAAAUUGACGAGACCUACGGCAUCAAUGUGCAAUUCGAGGAGUCGGAGGAGGAGAGCGACAAUGACAUGUACGGCGAGAUACGCGACGAUGAUGCACAGGACGAGGGCGAGGAAGCUCGCAUUGAUCACACACUGCAUGCCGAGAAUCUCGCUAGCGAAGAGGCCGCCAGCAAUGUGAAGAAGGAUCGAUCGCUUCAUCCGCUGGACAUUGAUGCCUACUGGCUGCAGCGUUGCCUCAGCAAGUACUACAAGGAUGCAAUGGUCUCCCAGAGCAAGGCAGCAGAUGUGCUCAAGAUAUUGAAGGAUGCCGCCGACGAGCGUGACUGUGAAAAUCAGCUUGUGCUGCUGCUGGGCUACGAUUGCUUUGACUUUAUCAAGCAGCUGAAACUGAAUCGCCAGAUGAUACUCUACUGUACCAUGUUGGCAUCCGCUCAAACGGACAGCGAGCGUCAGCGGAUACGUGAGAAGAUGCGGGGAAAUACAGCGCUGGCCAAAAUCUUGCGACAACUGGACACGGGCAAGGCCGAUGAGCAGGAGGAAGCGGAUGCGCGUGCUCAUAAGCGUGGCAAGGGCGAUGCCGAUGAUGGUGGAGCAGCUGCUGCCGGUCAAGUCGCCGGAGUGCGACAAUUACUGGAGCUGGAUGAGUUGGCCUUUACCCAGGGUUCGCAUUUUAUGGCCAACAAACGUUGUCAGUUGCCCGAUGGUAGUUACCGUAAGCAGCGCAAGGGCUACGAGGAAGUCCAUGUUCCCGCUCUGAAACAAGUCGCCUUCGAUGCCAAUGAGGAGCUGCAACCGAUCGACAAGCUGCCCAAGUAUGUGCAACCUGUUUUCGAGGGAUUCAAGACACUGAAUCGCAUUCAGAGUCGUCUCUACAAGGCUGCCUUGGACACGGAUGAGAACAUGCUUCUGUGUGCACCCACUGGAGCGGGUAAAACCAAUGUCGCUUUGCUCACAAUGAUGCGAGAAAUUGGCAAGCAUAUCAAUGAGAAUGGCACCAUUAAUGCGCAGGAUUUCAAGAUCAUUUACGUGGCGCCCAUGAAAUCGUUGGUACAGGAAAUGGUUGGUAACUUUGGCCGCCGUCUCGCCUGCUAUAAUCUGACCGUGUCCGAGUUGACGGGAGAUCAUCAGCUAACACGUGAGCAAAUUGCCGCCACCCAGGUGAUUGUGUGCACGCCGGAGAAGUGGGAUAUUAUAACACGAAAGGGCGGAGAACGGACAUUCGUGAGUUUGGUGCGUCUCGUGAUUAUCGAUGAGAUUCAUCUGUUGCACGAUGAACGUGGUCCAGUGUUGGAGGCUCUUGUGGCUCGUACCAUACGCAAUAUUGAGUCAACGCAGGAGGAUGUGCGUCUGGUGGGCUUGUCUGCCACAUUGCCCAAUUAUCAGGAUGUUGCCACAUUCCUGCGCGUCAAACCCGACAAGGGACUCUUCUACUUUGACAACAGCUAUCGUCCGGUGGCUCUGGAACAGCAAUACAUUGGUGUGACGGAGAAGAAGGCCCUCAAGCGUUUCCAGGUCAUGAAUGAGAUUGUCUACGAAAAGACCAUGGAGCAUGCGGGUCGCAAUCAAGUCCUGGUCUUUGUGCAUUCCCGUAAGGAAACGGGGAAAACGGCACGAGCAGUGCGUGACAUGUGCCUGGAGCAGGACACGCUGGGAAGCUUCCUGCGGGAGGGAUCAGCCAGCAUGGAAGUCUUACGCACUGAAGCCGAGCAGGUGAAGAACACAGAGUUGAAGGAACUGCUGCCAUAUGGAUUUGCCAUACAUCAUGCUGGCAUGACACGUGUGGAUCGUACACUGGUCGAGGAUCUAUUUGCAGAUCGGCACAUUCAGGUGUUGGUGUCGACGGCUACUCUGGCCUGGGGUGUCAAUUUGCCCGCGCACACGGUCAUCAUCAAGGGCACCCAGGUGUACAAUCCAGAGAAGGGACGCUGGGUGGAGCUUAGCGCCUUGGAUGUGCUCCAGAUGUUGGGACGUGCCGGUCGUCCACAAUACGAUACCAAGGGUGAGGGUAUCCUUAUCACGAAUCACAGUGAGCUGCAGUUUUAUCUGUCGCUGCUGAAUCAACAGUUGCCCAUUGAGUCACAGUUCAUCUCGAAGCUGCCGGACAUGCUGAAUGCCGAGAUUGUCCUGGGCACAGUGCAGCAUCUGCAGGAUGCAGUUAACUGGUUGGGCUACACUUAUCUAUACAUACGUAUGCUAAGGAAUCCCACCUUGUAUGGUGUCUCGCAUGAUGCCAUUGAGGCGGAUCCGUUGCUGGAACAACAUCGAGCUGAUCUGUUGCACACGGCUGCCUGUUGCUUGGAGAGAAGCGGUCUAGUUAAAUAUGAACGGAAGACGGGACACUUUCAGGUCACCGAUCUGGGACGCAUUGCAUCGCAUUAUUAUUUAACCCAUGAGACAAUGUUAACCUACAAUCAGUUGUUGAAGCAAACGCUUAGCGAGAUUGAGCUAUUCCGCGUCUUUUCGCUCUCCUCCGAGUUCCGUCACAUCUCGGUGCGCGAGGAGGAGAAACUGGAACUGCAGAAGCUGAUGGAACGCGUGCCCAUACCCAUCAAGGAGUCCAUUGAGGAGCAUAGCGCCAAGGUGAACGUGUUGCUACAGGCCUACAUCUCGCAACUGAAGCUGGAGGGAUUUGCCUUGAUGUCCGACAUGGUAUUCAUAACACAAUCCGCGGCACGUCUCAUGCGUGCCAUCUUUGAGAUUGUCCUGACCCGUGGAUGGGCUCAGUUGGCGGAUAAAACGUUGACGCUCUGCAAGAUGAUCGAUCGUCGCAUGUGGCAAUCGAUGACCCCGUUGCGUCAAUUCAAAAAGAUGCCGGAAGAAAUUGCCAAGAAGCUGGAGAAGAAACACUUUCCCUGGUCACGUCUCUAUGAUCUGGAACCCCAUGAACUGGGUGAAUUGAUACGCGUGCCAAAGCUGGGCAAGACCAUACACAAGUUUGUCCAUCAGUUUCCCAAGCUUGAGCUAUCCACGCACAUUCAACCCAUUACCCGAGCCACCUUAAGGGUGGAGCUCACGAUUACUCCAGAUUUUCAAUGGGAUGAGAAGGUGCACGGCCAGUCGGAGGGAUUUUGGGUGUUGAUCGAGGAUGUGGACUCGGAGCUGAUACUGCACCAUGAGUUCUUUCUGUUGAAGCAGAAAUAUGCCCAGGAUGAGCAUCAAUUAAAGUUCUUUGUGCCCGUUUUUGAGCCAUUGCCACCACAAUAUUUCCUGAGGAUUGUCUCAGAUCGUUGGAUUGGGGCCGAGACCCAGUUGCCGGUAUCCUUUAGGCAUCUCAUACUGCCCGAGAAGAAUAUGCCGCCCACGGAGCUACUUGAUCUUCAACCGUUGCCCAUUAGCGCACUGCGUCAACCGAAAUUUGAGGCAUUCUAUGCGAGCCGCAAGUUCCAGCAAUUCAAUCCGAUCCAGACGCAGGUCUUCAAUGCCGUCUACAACAGUGAUGACAAUGUAUUUGUGGGUGCUCCAACUGGAUCGGGCAAGAUGACUAUUGCCGAGUUUGCCAUAAUGCGUUUGUUCAGCCAAAGCAUCGACGGACGUUGCGUUUAUCUCGUUUCCCAGGAGACUCUCGCUGAUUUGGUAUUUGCCGAUUGGCAUGAGAAGUUUGGAGCGCUGGACAUAAAGGUGGUUAAGUUGACGGGUGAAACGGGCACGGAUCUAAAGCUAAUUGCCAAGGGACAGCUGGUUAUAACCACAGCAGAUAAAUGGGAUGUGUUGUCGCGUCGCUGGAAGCAGCGCAAGAACGUCCAGCAGGUCAAUCUCUUCAUUGUCGAUGAACUGCAGCUGGUGGGCGGUGAGGAGGGACCCGUAAUGGAGAUCGUUUGCUCCCGCAUGCGUUACAUUAGCUCACAGAUUGAGAAACAGAUUCGCAUUGUGGCUCUGUCCGCAUCUUUGACCGAUGCAAGGGAUGUGGCCCAAUGGCUGGGUUGUAAUCCCAAUGCCACCUUCAAUUUCCAUCCCAGUGUGCGUCCCAUACCACUGGAGCUGCACAUCCAGGGAUUCAAUGUUACCCACAAUGCCACUCGCAUUGCGACCAUGUCAAAGCCCGUCUACAAUGCUAUCCUCAAAUACAGCGCCGAUAAGCCGGUGAUUGUGUUUGUCUCAUCCAGGAAACAGGCGCGUCUCACGGCCAUCGAUAUUGUGACGUAUGCUGCCUCAGAUCUGCAGCCGAAUCGCUUCUUCCUGGCGGAGGAGGAGAGUAUUCAGCCGUUCCUGGAACGCAUGUCGGAUAUAACGUUAAAGGAAACGAUUGUCCAGGGUGUGGCCUAUCUCCACGAGGGGCUGUCCGCCUCGGAUCGUCGUGUAGUCGAGCAGCUCUUCACGGCGGGAGCCUUUCAACUGGUUGUCGUCUCCCGGGACAUGUGCUGGGGCAUGAGCAUCUCGUCACAUCUCGCUAUUAUCAUGGACACACAGUUUUAUAAUGGCAAGAAUCAUUCGUAUGAGGAUUAUCCCAUUACGGAUGUGCUCCAAAUGAUUGGACGCGCGAAUCGAACCAAAGAUGCCGAUGCCAAGUGUGUGCUAAUGUGUCAGAGUUCCAAGAAGGAUUUCUUCAAGAAGUUCAUCAACGAACCGCUGCCCAUCGAGAGUCAUUUAGAUCAUCGCAUGCACGACCAUUUCAAUGCCGAGGUUGUCACCAAAACCAUUGAGAACAAACAGGAUGCCGUCGAUUAUCUAACAUGGACAUUCCUCUAUCGCCGAUUAACCCAGAAUCCCAACUAUUACAAUCUACAGGGCGUCACGCAUCGCCAUCUGUCUGAUCAUCUGUCCGAGCUGGUGGAGAACACGCUCAGUGAUCUGGAGCAAUCCAAGUGCAUUAGUGUCGAGGAUGAUAUGGACACAUUGCCACUGAAUCUGGGCAUGAUUGCCGCCUACUAUUACAUCAACUAUACAACGAUUGAGCUCUUCAGUUUGUCGUUGAACAGUAAGACCAAGGUUCGCGGUCUGCUCGAGAUCAUAUCAUCGGCAGCCGAGUAUGAGGAUGUUGUGGUGCGGCAUCACGAGGAGAAGGUUCUGCGAAGACUCUCGCAGGGAUUGCCCAACAAACUGACUGGACCCAAUGAAACGGCGCCCAAAUUUAAUGAUCCUCAUAUUAAAACGAACCUGUUGCUCCAGGCGCAUCUAUCGCGUCUGCAAGUGGAACCCGAACUCCAGGGAGAUACUGAACAGAUUCUAAGUAAGGCGAUACGCUUAAUCCAGGCUUGUGUGGAUGUGUUGAGUUCCAAUGGCUGGUUAUCGCCAGCUGUGGCAGCUAUGGAACUGGCACAGAUGGUUACCCAAGCCAUGUGGAGCAAGGACUCCUAUCUGCGGCAGCUGCCACACUUUAAUGCCGAGAUUAUCAAACGAUGCACGGAUAAGAAAAUUGAAACUGUCUUUGACAUUAUGGAGCUGGAGGAUGAGGAUCGAUCGCGCCUGCUACAACUGUCGGAUGCACAAAUGGCCGAUGUGGCGAGAUUCUGUAAUCGUUAUCCCAACAUUGAGCUCAAUUACGAAGUCGUGGAUAAGGAUCGCAUUAAUUCUGGAUCAACGGUCAAUGUGGUGGUGCAGCUGGAGCGUGAGGAUGAGGUUACUGGUCCGGUGAUUGCGCCGUUCUUCCCCCAGAAACGUGAGGAGGGCUGGUGGGUGGUCAUUGGUGAUCCCAAGACCAAUUCCCUGCUUUCCAUCAAACGCCUCACGUUGCAACAAAAGGCCAAGGUCAAAUUGGACUUUGUGGCGCCAAGUCCGGGCAAACAUGACUAUACCCUGUACUAUAUGAGCGACUCCUACUUGGGCUGCGAUCAGGAAUACACAUUCUCCAUUGAAGUGGGCGACUUUCAAUCGGAGAGCGAAAGUGAAUCAGAUUAAGCGUAUAACCGAUAAACCUAACGAACCAAUAAAACCAAAACAAUUUUUAUCAAAA